AAAAACAAAUGGAGUCAAAUCAAAAUGAGGUUUAGUGCCUUAACCUGGAAGGAAAUGACUGUCACGGGGCAUAAACUUCCUGGGUUGAUUUGCAAUAGGUGCGGCAGAGAGGCAUCACAGCAGUACUGGGAGAGAUGGGCCUGAACAACAGGUUAUAGCUGAUGACACGGCCUCCUUGUUAUGAUGCCAUCACGUACUAAUCUAACUGCUGGGAUCCCCAGUAGCAAAGUGAAGUACUCCAAGCUUUCCAGUACUGACGAUGGUUAUAUUGAUCUGCAGUUCAAGAGGAGCCCACCCAAAAUCCCCUACAAGGCCAUUGCACUGGCCACUGUGCUGUUCAUGAUUGGCACUCUUCUGAUUGUCAUAGGAGCGCUUCUCCUCGCAGGAUACAUUAGCAAAGGAGGAACAGACCGAGCUAUCCCAGUAUUGAUCAUUGGAAUCCUGGUGUUCUUACCAGGUUUUUAUCACUUGCGCAUCGCAUACUAUGCUUCCAAAGGCUACAGGGGUUACUCCUACGAUGACAUUCCAGAUUUUGAUGACUAAAACGCACUCUGGAAGCAGGAAGCAUGGCUCAAGUUGUAAUGAGUUUCGUGUGAAGAGACGUUAGUUAACUUGACCCUGGCUAUCAAAGAUGGAACAUGUACGAACCUAAACUAAGUAGAUUUAUCAGUGGAUGCAAUUUCCUAGUUCUGUAAAUAUUUUAUUGAGUAACUGCCAGCUUUUUUAUUUUAUAUUUUUUUGGUGUUAACAUGAAUUUGAGAGACAUGAGUGCAACAUUAGAUGAAGCACAGCAUUUACUGUUCGAAGAGCUCUUCUUGUUUCUAAUGGGAAGUUCUUGGGCAAGCCAAGCUGAGCAGUUGUCCAAAGGCCAGAUGAAUCAUAUAUAAUUUAAGGGAAAAAAAGAAGUUAUAAUUUUUGUCUAAAGAGAUUGAUAUUUCUAAUGGAUAGUGUAUUGUAGAACAUGUAUUGUCUUUCAAAUAGAUCAAAGCUAUAGCUAGGAUCUUUGUGGCAAACAAAUAUAGUACAUCUCAUUUUGUACUGCUGCAUAAUCAUCAAAAUAAUUCCAGCAUCAUCAUUCAUCAUCAUAGGUUUGCAUCUGGAAUGCUGACCAUUUGCCAGUUUGAUGCAAAUGGGAGAGGAAAUUGGAUGUGCGCGCAGUGAUUUACGGUGUAUUUGCCAUACAAGAACCCCUGUCAGUCUGAUAAGUCCACUUACCUGACCAACACAUUCCUUGAGUGCCAGCUACUUCCCACCCUACGGUUAAUUUUGCUAAAGCUUAUGGGUCAUCCUUUCAUAAGGACGACUUAAGAUUUUGCUUAAUGAAGGAUUUUAAACAAACUCUGUGGAGAGGCAGGAUGAAGAAUUGAAAGCUGGGCCCUGGACCUGAAUUUUCUUAUCUUAAAAUUCUGUUUUUUGAAUAUUGGUGAACAUUAGGGAAGUUCAGAUCCCCACUUUGCAGACUGGACUCAUCUGUCUAUAUGUGUAUUUGAGGUCACUUGGCCCUAGAUCUAAACCCUGUACUGUACACAAUACCCUAAACAUAUAAAAAAGAAAAUCUAGGACAGUGCUGCACAUGUUAUCUGCUUGUAUUGCUCUAUUAGCUGCACGUUGUUCAUUAUUCUGGAGAUUCACAAGAAACUGAGGACAACUGGUAGAUUCCUGCUUGAUGUCAAUAAGAGCAAAGUGGCUUCCGAGGUGUAAUUGAACUGGGUGUUCCAAGAAGCAAGUAUGGAAUGAGAAAUUGUAAUGUAAAAUUCAAGCAUAUGCAUUUAAUAUGAAUAAACUCCACUAUAGUCCA